AGGUCUUUGACUCACAUCUUCAAGUUUCGGUCCGUCAACUCCAAAGUAAUGACUGCUUCGUCUCCUUCACCGCCGAGCCAUUCGUCUAAAUGACCUGCUACACACUUUACCUUCAAAAAUGAUCCGCGACCAGGAAGCUACGGCUUACACAAGCUUUCAGAAUUCUUUCCUGCGUAGAUCCUCCCCUCCAGGCAGCCCUGCCAUCAAGAAGUGCUGCUACGAACACGGAGAAGGAAAGUACGCAGCACCAGCAGAACCGUCCUUCUUUUGUUGUUGUUACAGCUGCACCGGCAGUAAAAGUACUUCGUUUCUAACCACUUUAGGAGUGUGUUUUUUAGUAUUAGCUUAUACAAUAUUGGGCGCCUUCGUAUUUAUGGCCCUGGAAGGGGGAUUCUACCAGGAUGGUACGAAAAUGGCAGCGUCGAAGGGGGCUGUAGCUGAUGACGGUGAUGUGUUCAAAAAGCUGAGAUCAGAGACAGUGGAUAAAUUAUGGAGUAUCACCGAGAAUCUGAAUAUUCUCUACCGAGAAAAUUGGACAAGACUGGCUGCAGAGGAAGUUCUAAUGUUUCAAGACGAAUUGUUUAAAGUAAAAGAGUCUGAAGGGAGUGGCUCCUACGCUGGAUCUAGAAUAGGGACAAUGGCCUAUUACCAGAAGAACCAUAAAUGGAGUUUUAGUUCAAGCUUUUUGUACUCUCUGACACUUAUAACGACGAUAGGUUUAUCUGCAGUAGAUAGACAACCUGCGUUCUGGCACAUCCCCUAA